UUUCCUUCUUGUUCCCCUGCAUUGAUCGUUGACUCCGCAGUGAGAGGGCGAGCUCCAAGCUCGGCAACUCCUGGCGCAAUUGAAACAUAACUGAGGGAAGUUUUGCCGAAUCGGUGACUGAGGACGGGCUGAGGGUGUGGCGAUGCGGUACUGGGAUGCAAUUGGGUUAGACGGUGGGUAGUAGUGCGAAGGAAGGACGAGGAGGUUGGAGGAUUUGCGGCAAACAAUCCAUUCUCUCUGCUGCGGUGGUUUCGGAAGAGGAUUCGUUGUUUGCCUUCACGGCAGGAGGGAGGAAUGUUUUGGGAAACUUGCCGGCAGUCAAGCGCACGCUACUCAGAUCGUUGGUUGAGUGUGAAGUGGAUUGCCAGGAAGACAUUUUCCACGAGGCCACACUUGACAAAAGUGCUAUCGAUAAAUUCCGAGGGAUCUGCUACCGAGGGCGUCUUCAAAGGAGCACCCACUGGGAUGUGUGCUCCAGCUCUGGCACGAGCUUAGUGCAGAAAAGAUGGAUGCUACUGCUGUUAAACCAAAGUACUAUCUAUGGGGAAAAUCCGCCGUGAUGGAGACUGCUGCGGAUAUGUUGCUUGGCAUGGUGCCUAUCUGGGUGGCGGUUGCAGUUGGUCUACUAGUUGGUUGGUCGUGGAAACCUCAAUGGGCUAGUAUUUUAUUAAUGGGCAUUAAAAGCCGCCCUCGAUUGAUUUGGGGAACUCCUCCUGGGUUUGGAGCUCGUCGAUUCUGGUUGGCUAUCAUGGCAGUGUCAGCUUUUCCGAUGUGGAAGGAGGCGUGGAAAUCGUUCAGUGCGUGGAUGUGGCCGACUCCUGAUGUCUUGAUUGUGCCUGCUGAUUUCUCAAGUGGCGUUGUUGGUCCUUGUGAACCUGUCAAAGAGGAGAUCAAGCAAGAUGUGGUGUCGACUGAUGAUUUACUUAAGCUUAUGAAUCUCAUGGAUGGCAAAGAUGGAGGUCCUGAAUGGCAGAUGUUUUUAGACAAGUCUAUUUCUGAUCUAAAGUAUCAAGCAUGGCGUCGCGAUCCUGAAGAUGAUGGACCAACUGAGUAUAAAACCCGAACUGUAGUUGAAGAUAUGUCCCCGGAAGCCAUGCGAGACUUCUUCUGGGAUGAUGAGUUCAGGCGUCACUGGGAUGAAAUGCUAAGCUACACUAAAACCUGGGAGGCAUGCGAAGAGACCGGCUUUAUGAUAGUUCAGUGGGUGAGGAAGUUCCCUAUCCUAUGGAAGGACCGCGAGUAUGUCAUCGCUCGACGUAUGUGGGAGUCCAACAACACCUACUACGCUGUGACUAAGGGAACACAGUACGCACCAAUUCCUAAAAAGCUGUCCCCACGGAGAGUGGAUACUUACUUUUCUAGUUGGACAGUACGUGCAGUUGAGUCAGCAAGGGGCGACGGACAGAUGACCGCCUGUGAAGUCUUAUGUUUUCAUUAUGAGGAUAUGGGCAUUCAGAGAGAUCUUGCAAAGCUUGGGAUUCGCCGGGGUAUGUGGGGAUGUGUGAAGAAAAUGUCACCUGGAAUAGACAAGUAUAGGGCGGAGCGGAAGGCAAACAUUCCUUUGUCGGCAUCAACAAAGAUGGCUCGAAAAUGUUGUAAAGUCCCUCGUCAUCUUCUUAGUGAGCCUGAAUCAUCGCAGACGAAGUCUAUCGACUCUGAGAAUGUCAAGGUUGUAAAAGACAUAGACAUUCACCAUGGCAAUAAGGGUUGUAUGAAAUGGAUUAUAUUAGGGGGUGCUGUUGCUCUGGCCUGUAGCAUCGAUAGAGGUGCCGUGGGCAAAUUUCUUGUUUUUGGAGUUGCAAAGCGCCUAGGUAGAGUGGGACGAAGGUUGUAGCAUAGGUUAGUGUACCAAAGUAGAAUGCCCGGGUUCGCCUUUGUCCCCACGCGAACGUGAAUGGAUUAGAUGGUACCCUUCAGUUGCAUUUGAAAUCUGUAUUUUAUGAUAGAUGUGGUUGAUUCAUUCUCAGCGUUGGAAGUUGGCAGUUUUAUGGAACCCUGCCUCCUACGUCGGUUUUUUUCCUACCUCUUAAAGGAAAGCUUGCUGUGUCGAGGGAUAGUUUUAAUCUGAAGGUAACACUCCGUUGUAUUGAAUAUUUCGA